GUUUGUGAGCAUCUUUAGCACAGAUGUAGCAACAAACAUCAGGAAAUGAGGCAGAAGUUCAUGUAACUCACUUAUAGUCUUCAGUAUAGACUCACUGACAGGUUCAGGCUGCAGUAGAUCCCACUCAGGCAAUGAAUCCUGCAAUAGGUGGAUCGGCAGUUUUUACUACCGCUGACCAAAUAUCCCAGGGCAUAAAGACAAGCAGAAAUGUCACUAUUCAAAUCACCAAUUGCAGUGAUACAACCACCUUAGCAAAUCCAAGGACCUACACUUUCAGUGGUUGCUGUCACCACCCUCCCCAACCUACCAUCCCACAAAGGACACAAGAAACAUGCUCGUUUUCCAAAAUCUCAUACACAGCCCGUGGUGCUGUCGGAGUCCUGACAUACCAGAUCCUACAGAAUGAAAGACAUGUUGGUGAACUGGCCAUCAUGUUCUCUGUGCCUUUUGACUACAAUUUGUACCAAAACUGGUUUGCUCUUGGAAUUUUUGAAGCAGACAUUCCAUGUGAUUAUAAUCUGUUCAAGAGGAUGUAUUAUGAUGUUGAUGGUCCAUUCACUAGAGCCAAAGGUACCGGGAGUAUUAUAAAACAUAAAGACAGGCCACAGUUGAAGGGAACAAUGUCUUCUUUUGGCCAUUCGAUUAUUAAGGUUGAAUUGUGGGAUGAGUAGUCUUGGUGCCUUUUACCAAACAGAUCCUUACCAAAGAUUUACCAAACAGUGCUGAAGUCCAUCUAGCAUUAACGGUUACCAUCCAGUACAUAGUUUAUCUAACAAGUCCUUCAUUAAUUUAUAUUAGCUGAAGGAAUUGAGCAGAUCCCUGCAAUGAACUAAACAUGUUCUUCUUACUGUCUCUUAUCUACUUAGUCAUAACUUUACUGAAAACAGCACAUUCUGAUUCUUAUGUUAAAUGAUGUUUUUACCAGUAAGAACACAUUACUGAGAGUUUGUGGUAAAAAAAAAAAAAAUUAAUGCAUGCCUAAUACUUUGCACAGUACUGUAUAUGUUUUAAGCACAAAGUAUAUACUGGAAAUCUGAGCCUUGAUAAACUAGCAUGUAACCCUCUUAUUAUACAUUGUGUAGUUCUGCUCAGCAUGUUUAUAUUUUUAAAAAGCAAUAUGAAUCCAGACUACUGGGACUCUUUCCUUUAAACAUUGCGUGUUGUUUACCAAGAGACAUUACUAAGAUGUAUUAUUAAACUGCUUGCUGUUUUCUUCAUUCUGAGUUAUGAGUUAUAGGGAUCCCUGAAAAUAAACUUAUUAGAACAAUA